UCCCCAAAUCUGACUAAUUCCCUAGCCAUCCCCAGCUUGGCAGAUUCCUUCGGGCUGACAGGGCUAGAUACACCCUGGGCUGGGCAAACUGCCCCCAUUUGAGGCAAGAUUAUCCACUGUGACUUCAUGGCUUCCCGUGCUGGACGUGUGGCAGAGGUCACUUCCAUGCCUUUCCUUAGGUGACCUGGGACUAAUUUCAGGAUAGUCCUCUGCCUCCAUUUCUUCCCCUGGGGAAUGCAGGUGACACAUAUCUCAGAGGACUAAGAAGCGGAAGUGCGCGCCGCCGGCAACAUGGCGCCCAGAACCCGGAAGUGAGCGGCGGCCGCUGAGAGGCUCCGGGAAACCGAGGCGUCGCGGGCUCAGCGAUCAGGUCUGAGGAUAUGACAUUACAACUGCCGCUGCCAGCACCACAGAGUAAGCAGUCCAGAUAGCCGCCACCCGAGGGUCGCGGAGCGCUGCCUCCACUUGCCUGAUGCUGGCAGUGGAACCCACCAUGGAUGGGGACUUCCCUCCACAUGAGCUCCCACCCCCUGGAGGUGGCAUCCAGCUACAGAACCGACUCCUGCACUGUCCUUGGUGGGGCAGUUUCUCACCGUCUUUGUACCCCACCUUCUCCAGUGAAAACCAACAGUUCGUGGGUUCCACCCCAUUCCUUGGUGGCCAGUCUUGCCCUGAAACCAGCUACCCCACCACAGCCACCGUCCCCAGCUUCUUCUCCAAGAGCAGCGACUUUCCUCAGAGGCCCACAUCUGCCUCCCUGUGGCCAAAACUCCCAAAGGUGAGCUCCCCCGCCCCUCUCCUGCCAGCUGUGCUCACGUGAUCUGCUUGUCUGAACCCCAUUUGUCACACACAUCUGGCAACGUGGUGGCUGCCUGUUAUCUCUCACUGGCAGAUGGGCAUCACCAUCCAUUGGGUGAGCAUUUAUUGAACACUUGGUGUUUGUGUGUCCUGUACACACUGCCCCCUGAAUGCCUGUGGAGGGGCCUACCCUCAUGCCUGUCACCCUGUCCACAGAAGGUUGGACCAGGGGAUUCUAUCCUAGCCUCUGGCUAUGGGCCUGAGCUUGUCACCUGCCUCUACCUCCCUCAUCUCCCCAGGCCAUGGAUGGCCUCGGAUUCCACAGAACAAGAAGGAGCCAGACCUGAGCCAAGCCUCACCACAGGUCAGAAAGGACAUGAAGAGUGGCUUAAGUGAGGUCCCUGAGCUGGGGACAUCUCCCUGAGGUCCUCAGAGGCCCUGCUCCGUGCCCUCCACAGGGGAAGGGCUGAGCGUCCUGGAGAUGUGGGUGUGGCCCAGCCCCACCCGAGUGGGCGUGGAUCCGCCUUGCAUGUGGCUUCAGGACAUAGCUUUCCACAGUUUGUUCCAGUGGCAAGAAAGCGGAUACCCUCAUGCUACCUCUGUGCUCCGUGUGGUCAUGUUUCCUACCGUGGUGUGAACCAGGAGUCAACAGAAAACCCACCUCUGCUUGGACCCAGAGCUAGGAACUAACCAUGAGCCCCGAGUUUCCUGGCAGAAGAAGCAAAAAGAGAAAGAGAUGAGUCACAUGACUGACCCGUACACGAGGAAAGUCUGUGGACGGCUUCCUGUGUUCUCACUCUCCACUCAGGAAGCCAGGCAGGAGGACGGAGGUUUUAGGUGUUCCUGGGCUAUAUCCUCAAAGUCUGUCUCGAAGCAACGAGAAAACUAACAGAAAGAGAAAUAGAAGAAACCAAAUAUUGUCUGCCAUUCAGUCUGUCCCUUCCCUGUGGGUAGGAGCCUCCUGUGCACUUGCAUCUUGAAAGUCGCCUCUGAUGUCUGCCAUCUUCUGCUCUUCGUCCUUCUGCUGUGAGCUGUGGGAACCCUUCCCACAGCAUACAUGUCCCACAGUGCUGCAUAACUUUGACCCUUGGGGCCCCAGUAGCUGCUGACUGGACCCAGCACAGCACACACUGGUCAUUUCAGGAUCCCACAGAGUGUCUUGAGUGCCUGACAGUCCCUGGAGCCCUGCCUUCCUUUGCAGCCGGCCCCAGCCCUCAGCCUCCUACUUCUACAAGGGAAGGGCCCGUGCACUCCUGCUCAGCCCUCCAUCUCCAGGUGGCAUGGAGCCCUCCCCAUAGGCUCUGAUAGCCCUGCUCGGUGACCGGAACAGCUCCACAGUCCCCUGUGGGAAUACCCACCCUGGGCGUGCAGGACCCCUCAUGCCUCGAGGACCUCUCCAAUGCCUCUGUCUUCUCUUCAUCUGUGGAUUCCCUGUCAGACAUCCCAGACACACCUGACUUCCUGCAGGCUGACAGCCUCAACGAGGUGCCUACCAUCUGGGAUGUCAGCACCACCUCAACUACCCAUGACAAGCUGUUCAUACCUAGUGGGCCAUUCUCGGCUCCUGAAGACCCGGUGACUUCGCUCUCCAGCACUCCACUUCUCAUCAGCUAUCAGUCACACAGCCAGCCUGAGGAGGAAGAAGGGGAGGAAGAGGAGGAGACUGAGGAACUGGGCCAUGCUGAGACCUAUGCUGACUAUGUACCAUCUAAGUCCAAGAUUGGAAAGCAACACCCAGACCGUGUGGUUGAGACCAGCACACUGUCCAGUGUUCCACCCCCGGACAUCACCUACACCCUAGCGCUACCCACCUCAGACAACAGCACCCUGUCUGCCCUACAGCUGGAAGCCAUCACCUAUGCCUGCCAGCAACACGAGGUCCUGCUGCCCAGUGGGCAGCGUGCUGGUUUUCUGAUUGGGGAUGGGGCCGGCGUGGGCAAGGGCCGCACAGUGGCUGGCAUCAUAGUGGAGAACUACCUGCGGGGCCGGAAGAAGGCAUUGUGGUUCAGUGCCUCCAAUGACCUCAAGUAUGAUGCGGAACGGGACCUGAGAGACAUUGAGGCCCCAGGCAUUGCAGUGCAUGCAUUGAGCAAGAUCAAGUACGGUGACAACACUACCUCAGAGGGUGUCCUCUUUGCCACCUACUCUGCCCUGAUUGGAGAAAGCCAGGCAGGUGGGCAGCAUCGCACACGCCUCCGCCAGAUCCUGCAGUGGUGUGGUGAGGGCUUCGAUGGUGUGAUUGUGUUUGACGAGUGCCACAAAGCCAAGAACGCCAGUUCCACUAAGAUGGGCAAGGCCGUGCUGGACCUGCAGAGCAAACUGCCCCAGGCUAGGGUGGUGUACGCCAGUGCCACAGGUGCCUCUGAGCCCCGCAACAUGAUAUACAUGAGCCGGCUGGGCAUUUGGGGUGAGGGCACACCCUUCCGGACCUUUGAGGAGUUCCUGCAUGCCAUUGAGAAGAGGGGCGUGGGUGCCAUGGAGAUCGUGGCGAUGGACAUGAAGGUCAGCGGCAUGUACAUCGCUCGCCAGCUCAGCUUCUCAGGGGUCACCUUCCGAAUCGAGGAGAUCCCGCUGUCCCCUGCCUUCCAGCAGGUCUAUAAUCGGGCAGCCCGGCUGUGGGCCGAGGCCCUGAGCGUGUUCCAGCAGGCAGCUGACUGGAUCGGCCUGGAGUCUCGCAAGUCCCUGUGGGGUCAGUUCUGGUCAGCGCACCAGCGCUUCUUUAAGUACCUGUGCAUCGCAGCCAAAGUGCACCGGCUAGUGGAGCUGGCACAGCAGGAGCUGAGCAGGGACAAGUGUGUGGUCAUCGGGCUGCAGUCCACAGGGGAGGCACGGACUCGAGAGGUGCUGGAUGAGAACGAGGGCCGCCUGGACUGCUUCGUCUCCGCAGCAGAAGGUGUCUUCCUGUCCCUGAUCCAGAAGCACUUCCCUUCCACCAGGCGGAGGCGUGACCGCGGAGGAGGAAAGAGGAAACGGCGGCCUCGGGGUCGUGGCCCCAAGGCUUCCAGACUGUCACUGGAGGCAGCAGGAGUUAUCCGUAUUAGUGAUGGCAGCAGCACAGAGUCAGAUGCUGGCCUGGAUAGCGACUUCAAUUCAUCCCCAGAAUCCCUGGUAGACGAUGAUGUGGUCAUUGUAGACGCCCCCACACACCCCACAGAUGACCGAGGUUCCCUGUACCCACUUCAGAGAGACCUGCAGGGCCCUGGUGUCGUGGAACGGGUAGAACGGCUGAAACAGGGUCUGCUUGCCAAGGUGCGAGCGCUGGGCCGGGAGCUGCCAGUCAACACGUUGGACCAGCUCAUCCACCAACUUGGGGGUCCUGAGUGUGUGGCCGAGAUGACCGGCAGGAAAGGCCGAGUGGUAUCGAGGCCUGAUGGGACAGUGGUCUUUGAGUCCAGAGCAGAACAGGGCCUGUCCAUCGACCAUGUGAACCUCAGGGAGAAGCAGCGCUUCAUGAGCGGCGAGAAGCUCGUGGCUAUUAUCUCUGAGGCCUCCAGCUCAGGUGUCUCCCUCCAAGCCGACCGUCGAGUCCAGAACCAGCGGCGCCGGGUACACAUGACCCUGGAGCUGCCUUGGAGUGCAGACCGUGCCAUUCAACAGUUUGGCCGCACCCACAGGUCCAACCAGGUCUCAGCACCCGAGUACGUCUUCCUUAUCUCAGAACUGGCAGGGGAGCGCAGGUUUGCCUCCAUUGUGGCCAAGCGGCUCGAAAGUCUGGGUGCCCUCACCCAUGGAGAUCGCCGCGCCACUGAGUCCCGAGACCUGAGCAAGUACAACUUUGAGAACAAGUAUGGCGCCCGUGCGCUCAGCCGCGUCCUUGCUACAAUCAUGGGCCAGACGGACAACAGGGUGCCCCUGCCCCAGGGCUAUCCAGGAGGGGAUACCGCCUUCUUUCGGGACAUGAAGCAGGGCCUGCUGUCUGUGGGCAUCGGCAGCCGGGAGUCACGCUCGGGCUGCUUGGAUGUGGAGAAGGACUGCUCCAUCACCAAGUUCCUGAACCGCAUCCUUGGGCUGGAGGUGCACAAGCAGAACGCCCUGUUCCAAUACUUCUCCGACACCUUCGACCACCUCAUCGAGAUCGACAAGAAGGAGGGCAGAUACGACAUGGGCAUCCUAGACCUGGCCCCUGGCAUCAACGAGAUACAUGAAGAAAGCCAGCAGGUGUUCCUGGCACCUGGGCACCCACAGGAUGGGCAAGUGGUCUUCUACAAGCAGAUUAGCGUGGACCGCGGUAUGAAGUGGGAAGAGGCAUUAACUAGGUCGCUGGAGCUCAAAGGUCCCUAUGAUGGCUUCUACCUCUCCUACAAGGUACGAGGCAGCAAAAUGAGCUGCCUCCUGGCAGAACAGAAUCGCGGCGAGUAUUUCACCGUGUACAAGCCAAACAUCGGCAGACAGAGCCAGCUGGAGACCCUGGACAGCCUGUGCCGGAAGUUUCACCGGGUCACUGUGGAAGAGGCCCGGGAACCCUGGGAGAGCAGCUAUGCCCUGUCCUUGGAGCACUGCAGUCACACCACCUGGAACCAGCGCUGCAGACUGACACAGGAGGGCAAGUGCUGCGCCCAGGGCCUGCGCCUCCGCCACCACUACAUGCUGUGUGGGGCGCUGCUGCGUGUGUGGGGCCGCAUCGCCGCUGUCAUGGCGGAUGUCAGCAGUAGCAGCUACCUACAGAUUGUGCGCCUUAAGACCAAGGACAAGAAGAAGCAAGUGGGCAUCAAGAUCCCCGAGGGAUGCGUUCACCGCGUACUGCAGGAACUGCAGCUGAUGGAUGCAGAAGUGAAGCGCCGCAGCACCCAUGGGUUGGCAGCGCGCCCACCCACUCCACGUGCGAUUACGCUUCCUUGCGGUCCGGGUGAGGUGCUGGACUUGACCUACAGUCCCCCAGCUGAGGCUUUCCCAACACCUCCGCGCUUCGCCUUCCCUUCGCUGCCGCCCCCAGACCCCAGCUCUCUGAUGCUGGGUGCUAGAGACCCUGCUACCAACCCUGUGGAGCUGGCACACCAGAGCUGCGACAUCAAUUUCAGGGAAGUGUUGGAAGACAUGCUCCGCUCUUUGCGCGCGGGACCCACCGAAACCCCUGCACCUCUGGUGGGCGUGGGUGGCGGGGGCACAGAGCGACAGAGCGUCAUCCACUUCAGCCCACCCUUCCCAAACUCUUAGGCUGCUACUUCAGCCUCUGGAUUACAACUGUACUGGGCAGCAAGGCCUAUGGGCUCCUCUGCAAGCAGAGGCUCCCAUGACUACUGAGGUGCCUGGCCACAGUGCCUUCCCAGCCAGUGGGGAGUGGGGCCUCUCUGUGCCUCACCUGCUACAGCUGCGCAGCCUAGAAGCCGUGGGGCUUGGUUGUCCCAGAGAGCUGGUAACUCAGGAAAUCGGUGCUCGGGCCCCGCUGGCUAUGGGGGCUCCACGGGGCAGACCCCGUUAAUAUAUGCAAUCCCCUGCUCCCUAAAUUAUUGUCACCCGCCUCUCCCCAGCCCCGGAGUCUGUGGGCAGCCGGCGGGCCCUGGUUUCUAUGUAUUUAUAAUGAACUCGUGUACAUAUGUAAAGAUCUUUUUUAAAAUAUAUGUGCCUUUUGCUUA